AGCAAUCCAAUACAACAGUUUUAGUUUCGAUUCUGUCGUUUUGCUCAAGUUUUCACUGUUAUUUUCCAAUAAUYAUCGUUACCAAGGAUUAUAAAGUGAUUUCUUAUUAAGUGCAGUGUUUAAGCUAUGUCUAAGGGUGACUACAGCAGUCGAGAAUGUUCGGUUUACGUUGGGAAUCUCGAGAAAAGAGUCACUGAAGAAAUCAUGUGGGAGCUAUUUUUACAAGCUGGACCAGUAGACAGAGUAUCUAUUCCUAAAGACAAGGAUACUGGCAUACAACGUAGCUUUGGAUUUGUCGAGUUUUCAAGCCCUGUGUCAGUGACAUAUGCUUCCGAGCUUAUCAAUGGAUUAUGUUUAUAUGGUCAAAGUAUUGUUGUUAAACCCCAAAAUAUUGGAUCACCUGCACCUAACCAAGCUAACAGGUCUUCUCCUCUGAGCUUUAACUCUGACCUCUCCAGACAUAGUCCUGUUCCACUAUUCCAAGGAAAGCCAAAUGACGCUAUGACACCCUACAUGGGCAAUUCCCAAAGGCAUGGACAGAAUAGUUACGGAUCUAAUAAUUACCAACAUGGAGGAUAUUCGUCUCCUCAGUAUGGGAAUCCACUUCCAAAUAGCUUAAUGCAGCAGCAGUACCAAGCAAGGAUUCAUUAUGAAAAGAAGAGAAGAUACUGAUAUCACUCAAUGAACUAGUGAUAUUUUAGUCCAUGUACUAACUUAAGAGUAUGGCGUUAAGGGAUAAAGAGGGGUGUAGAUAAGUGGUGAAUUCACUCUAGUUCCUUGCCUCCUUCGCUUGUUCUACUUACACAGGCUAUUUCCUUUUGCAAAAUGACGAAUGAGUUGUUUUCACACAUAGAACAAAUCUUCUUAUGUGGCCUACCUAAUAGACAAAAGCUUGUUCAAAGUUUUAAGAAACAUUUGUGUAUAUUCGCUAGAAGAGUUCGUGAUAGUUUCUAGCUUUGAGGGCCAAAGUUUCAGAAUUAGGAAGCUAUAAGACUUUUCAUAGUUUUAAAAUAAUCUUUUAUUCCAUUCUAAUGACAAUUAUUACACAGUCUGGUUCCAGUGCAAA